UUUACCCGUUUUGGGCUCAACGAGAAGGCUUUUGUCGGUGAAAGAUGUCGGCAACAAGGUGUAUGUAUUGAAAUCAGACCCUCUGAUUUCGGGUCUUUUUCUACUGCAGGUGGUGGCGGUGAUGUGGCGUCGUUGAAGAGUCCCACCAAGAACAAGUUGCUAGAUGGGAGCGGGAGAAGGCUGAGAGAGAUCGACGUGGUGUCCUGUCGGAGGAAGACGGAAAUUGAGAGUUCAUGUGUGUAAAAGGUAAAAAUUAAUGUGUGGAUAGCACCACCCUAUACUAUUCUAUAGAUACACACACAACAGUUAGUUGGGAAUAUAAUGGCAUUGUAGUAAUUUGAGAAGACAUGAAGAAUUGAUUCUACGCGAAACAAGUUGGCAUGUUGACAACAAGACGAAGAUAGAAAAGCGAAAUUAUCCACAUCCUCUUCACUAGGUAUAUGGUUAUGGCAGCCUAAAAUUAAACAUCCCUACCACCACUCCGAUUGAUAUGAAUGGAAAAUGAACAACUUCUCCUCAGGAUUCCAUUUCCCAGCCCAAAAAAGAAUUUCAGAAGAAGAAAGAGAAAGCACAGAGGAAGAUAAACUACAAGAAGAAGAAGGAAAAGGAUCAGAGUUCAACAAUUGUGACUGGGAUUUCAGUCUCUCAACAGUUGUGUCCUCCACCGCCUGCCGCGGCGCCGCGUCCAACACCCUUGGCGUAAUCGAGUUCGACCCAUCAAACACCGUCUUAGCCACCGGCGGAAUCGCCAGAAAAAUAAGAGGUUACAGCUUGAAAUCUCUCUUACCCAAUUAUGAUAAUCAAAUCUGUGGAAGUUCUAGUAGUAUGGUGGAUUUGAUAGACCACGUCGAUGCAUGCGACUACACCAUUUGUACUCCAGCCAAGCUCAGCAGCCUCCGCUGGCGCCCCGGAUCCGACGGCCGGGUCCUGGCCUCCGGCGACUAUGAUGGCGUCGUCACGGAAUACGACCUCGAAACAAAACUACCCAUCUUCGAGCGCGACGAGCACGGCGGGCGCAGGGUCUGGAGCGUGGAUUAUUCGCAUUCCAAUCCGGUUCUCGGAGCGUCUGCCUCCGACGACGGGACCCUCCAGCUAUGGGACCCGCGCCACGAGGGCGGGAAUUGCGUGGCCAGUGUGCAGCCCAGCGACGCGCGAAAUCCGGUCUGCUGCGUGGAGUUUGAUCCCUUCGGCGGGGAGCUUCUGGCCGUUGGAUGCGCGGACCGGAAGGCCUACGGCUACGAUGUUCGGAAAAUGGCGAGCCCGGUAUUGGUCUUCGACGGACACAGGAAAACCGUGACGUACGUGCGGUUUCUUGACGGGCGUACGGUGGUAACAGCUGGCACGGAUGGGUGUUUGAAGCUGUGGGACACGGAGGAUUCGCGGGCGAUUCGGACGUACAAGGGGCACGCCAACUGUCGGAGCUUUGUGGGGUUAUCGGUGUGGAGAAAUGGAGGGCUAAUCGGGUGCGGGUCGGAAAAUAACCGGGUUUUCGUGUACGAUAAGAGGUGGGGCGAGCCCAUUUGGGUGCACGGGUUUGGGGAGGUGGGUGCAGGUGGUAGUAAUCGCGGCGGGUGCGGUGAGGACUUGGGCGCGUUUGUAAGUAGCGUGUGCUGGCGGCAAGUUGGUGAGGAGCAGUGCACGCUCGUGGCGGGUGGGUCGGACGGGGUUUUGCAGGUCUUUUUGGGAAGGAAGAAGUCCAAUCUUGUCGGAUAAUUAUAACUUGAUGAAAAUUCAAUUACUUUACACUAUGUUUGGAUGAAGAAAUUUAAGACUACCAAGGAAUUUUAAAUGACAGAAA